AUGGCCAUGGUAAGCGGGGGAUGGGGCAACCCCAAUGGACUGGAGGAGAAGGUAUACCUACGCAGGGAGGAGGAGGGCUCGCCCCACGCCGGAAGCAGCGAUGUGGACGUCGCCGAUGAGGACAAGGCCUGUGUUCUGGACUGUGUGGUGUGCGGGGAUAAGUCUAGCGGAAAGCACUAUGGCGUUUUUACUUGCGAGGGCUGCAAGAGCUUCUUCAAAAGGAGCAUCCGACGCAACCUCAACUACUCGUGCAGAUCAAACCAGGAAUGCCAAAUUGACCAACACCAUCGUAACCAGUGUCAGUACUGUCGACUCAAGAAAUGUUUCCGUGUUGGCAUGCGCAAAGAAGCUGUCCAACGGGGUCGCAUCCCACCUUCCCACUCAGGUAUCAGUCCCAACUCCCAACGGGCCGGCGGAGUGGGAAACGUCUUGUCCGGUCACAUGGGGGCAGAAUACUUCAACGGGCAGCCGGUGUCAGAACUUAUAUCUCAACUUCUUCGGGCCGAGCCGUACCCCAACAGUCGCUACGGAACCCCAUACGGACAGGCACAGAUGGGGGCUUCUGCAAGCGGAACCUCUGUCAUGGGCAUCGACAGCAUCUGCGAGCUAGCCGCUCGGCUCCUCUUCAGCACCAUCGAGUGGGCCAGAAACAUCCCCUACUUCCCAGAGCUGCCUGUUUCGGAACAGGUGGCACUGCUGAGGUUGAGCUGGAGCGAACUUUUCAUUCUCAAUGCAGCCCAGUCUGCUUUGCCACUGCACAUGGCCCCCCUGCUAGCAGCGGCCGGCUUCCACUCGUCCCCCAUGUCUGCCGAGAGGGUGGUGUCCUUCAUGGACCAGGUCAGGGUGUUCCAGGACCAAGUAGACAAACUCAAUAGAUUGCAAGUGGACACUGCUGAGUACAGCUGCCUGAAAGCCAUCGCUCUAUUUUCACCUGAUGCAUGCGGUUUGACUGAUCCGGCCCACGUGGAGUCCCUGCAGGAGAAGGCCCAGGUGGCCCUGACUGAAUACGAGAGGUUGCAGUACCCCAACCAACCUCAGCGCUUUGGCCGCUUGCUCCUGCGCCUGCCGGCUCUCCGCGCCGUGCCAGCAAACCUCAUCUCGCAGCUCUUCUUCAUGCGCCUGGUGGGCAAGACGCCCAUCGAAACGCUGAUCCGAGACAUGCAACUGUCGGGGAGCUCCAUCAGCUGGCCUUAUGCCCCGGGACAGUAG